AUGAAGGAGGCUAAACUAAAGAUAGAUAUAGACGGAAUAAUAAAAGCGUGCAAGUCCAUCAAUAGUGCAGAUGCUAUGAAAGAGUAUGUUGCAGGCGAGAAUAAGAUAAGCCACUUGUUUAUACUUAAGUACAUACUCAAAGACAAUCUAAAGAUAGAAAGUGAUGAGCACAGCGAAGAAGAGAGAGAAGACAUCUUAGACAUAGUCAAAAAUAACAUAUAUCGGUACUUUAUAGAUGCUACUUAUGAAGUAGAGGACAUGGACAAAUUGCACGAGGCAUUGAAGACCGGAAAGAGUGCACCAAUUGAAUCUGAGGCUAUUUCUCUAAUUGAUAAGUUUGUAAAACCAAACCCAUUUAUAUACAGUGCAAAGCAUGGAAUUCGCAGAAAAAACAAUACAGAUGAAGAUGAGAGCACAGACCCAAGCACCAGGACAUACACCCUGGAGAUAGAUGAUGCAAACACUCCUCCCAACUUGAAAAGCUUAGCUCGUUUUACUUCAGCUGGUAUAGAUGGAUUAUUUCUAAACUAUAUUUUUAAUCUACUACUUCAAUCAGCUAGAGUUUUAAAGAACUACUCAGAUGACAGCACAUACUACACUCUAGACAAGCUAUAUAGCACCACAUACGAAGACACUGGCGUGCCACUGGUAGAUUAUGGGCUGAGUCUUUUUUGCGAAAAAUAUUACAAAAUUGCUGAACUGGUUGAGAAGAUCAGAGAAAUGGAAACCAAUAAAGCGAGUAGAGAGGAUAUAGUUGGUAAAAUACGCAAAGUGCUCUCGCCAGAAGAGCUGAGCCUGCUCUUCUCUAUUAAAAAUGAUAUACCAAAAAUUGUACUUGGAAAGAAGCUACAGAAUAGCAUGAUCAAAGCAGUAGAAUACGCAAAAAGUGACAUUCCACUCUUGACAAGAACAGAUGGGCUAGACAUAUUAGAUAUAAACACUAAUUUAAGCAAAUUUUACGAGAGAUACAUAACUGCUAACACAGCUUCAAAUGCAGAUAUAAACAUAAGUAAAUUAGAAAAAAAGGUAGAAAAAAAGACACAGGCUUUAGAAGAAAAAAGAAGAAAAUACGACCAAGCAGUCAAAAAAAAGGACAGAAAAGAGACAGAAAAGACAACACGCAGUAUUAAUGUUCUAAAAAACGAUAUAUACCUGUUAGAGUGCGAUAUAAAGAGAGUGAAACUACAGUCCAAUAAUAUAUAUAGACUUCUGUAUAACAUAAAGUAUACACUGCCCAUAUUAAACCCAGUGCAGAAAAAGUGCAUAAUCGAAAAAGUAGAAGAGUUUAGAACAAUAAGGAGAAUAAAGGCAGUAGAAGAUGAAAUAAACAAUACAGUGUAUGAAGAAGUAAUAGAGGAUGAUGAAGUAAAUGAUAGUGGAGCAGAUAACGAAAGAAAGCCCACAUCUGCAGAAAUAGUUAAAAUCCUUGUCUUGGGUGCUAUUUUGAUAGUAGUAACAGUACUAUUACUGAACAGCUUUUCAAAAAAUAGGAUAAAAGUUACUGGCACGAACUAG